GAGAGAGAGAGAGAGAGAGAGAGAGAGAGAAAGAGAGAUGAAGUCUGAGCCCCACCACAUACAUCCACACGCAGAAAAGGCCCAUAUCCAUGAACACUGACGCUGGAAUGAAAUACACAAUGACAUAUGCAAUCACAAUCCCCUAACUUUCUUCUAUGCAUAUGCAUUCAUUCCGUCAUUGUACUCCCUGGAACAGCAGAUCAUGAAUCAGCUUCAAAGUCAUUUUCCCUUCGUCAGGCAGCAGCAGCGGGCGCGGUGUUGUGCUUGGCGCUCCCACUCCCCCCCGCCGACGCGUUGCCGGCGCGGCGCAGGAGCCACGCCCUGCCCUCGCGCCCUCAGACCAUCUCCUCGUCGCAAGUCGCAUUCCCUCCGCCCUCGCCCUUGCGUCACGCGAGAUCGUCACACUACAUCCGCAGCAUCCCACCGGCGCCCUCGUCGCUUCUGUAUUUCGCCCCGUCACUCUCGACGACGCCCGACUCGCAGGACGUUGCGUCACGAAGAUACGAAUCUCCGUUGACAAAACGUAAAGCGCAUUUGCAUGCAGGGGCGCCCAUGUUCCCGAGCCCCAUGUAUUCUCCGUGGAAGCCUUUGCCGAACCCGUACCGGCCGCUUACAAGGGUGUCACACACGGUCGCUCCUGCAAAAGUCCCGUCACAGGCAUCUAGCAAGCCGCAGAAGAGCCCACCACAGUCCUACGGGAUACCACCAAGGAGCUCUUCACCAUCGUAUAAGGAGCCAUCGAGGACUCCUUCGCCCUCUUAUAACGUACCACCAAAACCUCCUUCUCCUUCUUACAAGGUACCAUCAAGUACUCCCCCUCCGUCUUAUAAGGUACCCCCUUCCCCUUCCUAUAAGGUACCACCAAGCACGCCGUCAUCCAGCAGACCGAAAUCAUUGUAUGACGCACCACCAACGUCUCCAGCUCUUUCGUAUAAGAUCCCAACGAAUACGCCAUCCCCGUUAUGUAUGGUACCACCGAACACCGCUUCUCCGCCCUACGAGGCACCGUCCAGUAGUCCAUCAGCACUAUAUAAAGUACCAACAAGGACACCAUCGCCAUCAUACCAGGUGCCACAAAAGUCUACUUCUUUGUCCUAUGAGGUACCUUCAAGCACUCCAUCACCAGUUUAUAAGGUACCACCAAAAAUUAUCUCUUCGUCCUACAGAGUACCUUCUAGCACUCCAACGCCAUUUUACAAGGUACCCCCUUCCUCAUCUUAUAAGGUACCAUCGAGUACUCCAUCACCGUUAUAUAAGGUACCAACAAAAACCACCACGUCAGCUUAUAAGGUACCACCCAAGUCUCCUUCCUACAAGGUACCGUCAAGCACUCCAUUACCAACUUACAAGGUACCAUCGAGGACUCCAUCACCAUCAUAUAAGGUACCCCCAAAGGCUCCUCCCCUAUCCUAUAAGGUACCGUCAAGUACCCCAGCCUCAGUAUACAAGAUACCACCGAAAUCUUCUCCUUUGUAUGAAGUACCAUCGUCGCCUACUAGGGCUCCAUCGUCUCUAUAUAAGGUACCCCCAAAGACCCCUUCUCCUUCCUAUAAAGUCCUUACAGUACCCCAACGCUUUACGAAAACCCACAAGUACCCCGUCGCCAUCAUAUAAGGCACCGCCAGAGUCUCCUUCCUCAUCUUAUUCGGUUCCAUCAAACACUCCAUCAUCACUUUAUAAGGUUCUACCAAAAAUUCCUUCUUCGUCUUAUCGAGUACCAUCUAGCACACCAUCGCCACUUUAUAAGGUACCACCAAAGUUUCCUUCGUCAUCCUAUAAGGUACCAUCAAGCACUCCAUCGUCCCUGUACAAGGCACCAACAAAGACUCCAUCGCCACCAUAUGAAGUACCACCACCGAAGUCUCCUCUGUCUCAUAGAGUACCGUCAAGUACCCCAACGUCACUAUACCAGGUACCACCGAAGUCUCCUGCCCCUUUGUAUGAGGUACCAUCUAGUACUUCAUCGUCAUUAUAUAAAGGACCAACUAGAACUCCAUCAACAUUAUAUAAGGUACCAACAAAGACUCCAUCGCCAUCACAUAAGGUACCACCUUCUCCGUCCUACAAAGUACCAUCUAGUACCCCAGCCUCACUGUACAAGGUACCACCGAAGUCUCCUUCUCCGUCCUAUAAGGUACCAUCUAGUACCCCAGCCUCCCUGUACAAAACACCACCCAAACGUCCCCCAUCUUUAUAUUCCACCCCGCCACCCCAGCACACAGCGAAGCCUCCAUCUCAGCUCUACCGGGCGCCCUCGAAGCCUGCUGCACCCCUGCGCAAGCCCCCGACCACUUUCUCGUCACACCUGUCGGACAACCCCAUACCCGCGCAGUUCGGGUCAUACGAUUCCGCGGCGGUUCCUUCGCACUCACGCAGUCGCUAUCGCUUCGAGUACGGCAUGCAGGACACGGGCCCGACACCAUCCUUCGGCCACGCGGAAGCAGGCGACGCAGCCAAGAAGGACGGGGAGUACUUCGUGCACCUCCCCGACGGGCGGACGCAGACGGUGUUCUACCACGCCAACGACACGGGGUAUUUCGCCCGCGUCGUUUAUACGAAGUCUGGGGGACCUGAGGAUCGUCUGAAGGGCUCCGGGGGAAGUCCUAAGGCGUCUUAUCGCUCAAAGUCACUGUCGUCCUAUCCUGACGCGGGAAGUAAGGCAGGGAGACCGAGGGCGAGCAACAGAGCUGACAAGCCUUCCGAUUACUCCAAGACGAAGAAGACGCAGACUCCUGCCAAGGGUUUCUAUAAACCUGUCUAUCUAUAUCCUAGGGUUCGCGUGCGGCCCAAGUCCGUUCCAGAGUCUCUCAGUUAUCCACAUUCCAUGAGCCAAACGCCGGUUUCGUCUGCUCUUUCUCACGCCUUCGUUUCCUAUCCUCAUUAUUAUCCGCUUCCCUUCGCUGCUUCCCUCUUCCUAUCACCUUACCAAGAGAGCGAAGGCGUUUUACCAAGCCCAUCCUUACCACACUUGAAUUCUUCCGUAUCAUACUCCCUAGGUAACAUUGCUUCUCAUCCUGUCAUCCGACCCUACGGGGCACGUACCCACCAUAUUUCUCCUCACGUUCCAUCUUCUCUUCCCUCUCUGACUACGACUCCCCUUCCUACCUCUGCUCCCUACCUGCCGUCUACCGUGCAUCCUUCCCCAGUCACGUAUCUCCCUUCGCUUUAUCCUCUUGUGUCCUCCACUCCUCACCCGACGUCUCCUUCCUGUGUCCAUCACAGUGUGUCCUCUCCCUCUUUUCCGUCCGUGCCAUCCACACCUCGUCCAUCUCAUCUCUCCCCCAUUAGCAGAUCUUACUCGGUAUCAACAGCUUCUCCUAAAAAAUCGUACACCAAAACUACUCGCGUUCCUAUUCGCAGAAACUACGGUUUAACUACUCGCUCCCCUACUCAAGCUUAUACUUCUUUCACUCGGUCUCCUUUGCUCGAGGCCUACACCCCAACUCUCCUCGAGAACUCCAACAGGGCACCAUCUCUUCCCACGUCUCUGAAAUUCAUUUCAUCUCCUCGUCCUCUGUCGAUUUCCUACACUACUGGUCGUCCUUCCCGAAAAAAAUCUUUCUCCACUGCCUCUCCUUUUCCGUCUCGUAAAGCCGUUUCACCAACCCCCCGGCCUGCUCCCAAGUCCUACACCACAGUCUCCCCUCCUCCGAGCAAGACGACCAGUCCGCUGAAGCCCCCUCACAAAUUUAUUUCAACUCCUCCUCCUCCUCCUCCACCUACUCCAACUUCUCCUAUCCCUCCAUACCUUCCUCCCGUCUCUUAUCUUCCUCCACCACCUCCACCGUACCAUGGCUCCACGCCCGCACCAUCUUACGUCUCUCCAACUCCACCACUCCACAGUGCAACACCCUCGUCGUCUCCCUACCGCCCUCCACCAUCUCCAGCCCCGUACCUGCCCCCUCCCCCUACCCACGACGCCCUUGAUAACUCCGUGGUGCCAGCCGUGGUGCCAGUCGCCAUUCCCGUGGACGACCGCAACCCCCCUGUGGAAGUAGGCAAAAGGAUCGCGCAGCCGUCCCACAGGUCCAUCGUGUCCCACAGGAAGGAAGUUAACAAGAAAAGACUGGCCAAGGCGAGGAAAUACAACCUCGAUGACAGCCACGUUCUCAGAGAACUCGCGGAGUAUGAUGAGGCCGCGGAGGAAUACCUGUAAGGGGGAAGGGAGUUCGCCACAAUCACCAUUACAGUUGGUCUCACGCCAAAAGCUAGGUGUUCGUUAGGCUGCCUGGAUUUCGUGUACAGUCAUGGAACCUCCUGUCAAAGUAAGCUUCGUGUGUGUGUCGUAAGGUUUUUUCUUUGGUGAGCAUGUCGGUUUUGUUUGUUUUCUCUCUUGUACAUAUGAAUAUAUACGCCAUCAAAUAAAUAUGAUUAUACAGA